GGAAAUGGUACCAUUACUAUUGGGGGCCUGCUAAGGUAGCAGAAGCGCCUCGGAGCGUGUAGCAUAGUUUCGGGGGCUGGUGUUUUUUUUUUUCUCUUUGGGGGGUAUUUUUUCCCUUGUCCUAUAAAAUCUCAUAAUUUACAUCCACCAUGCCAGUUCGUACAGAGACUUAUAAUAACUCCACUGCAUCUGGCUUGUCUCUCAUCCCACCGCCUCCUAUCAACACGCAACAGCCCGGGGUUGCUACUACUUUGCUAUACAGCGGGUCUAAAUUCCGGGGACACCAAAAAAGUAAAGGUAAUUCUUACGACGUGGAGGUGGUACUUCAGCAUGUAGAUAUGGAAAGCUCGUACCUUUGUGGAUAUUUGAAGAUCAAAGGGCUAACAGAGGAGUUCCCAACUCUCACCACGUUUUUUGAAGGAGAGAUAAUAAGUAAAAAGCAUCCAUUUUUAACAAGGAAAUGGGACGCGGAUGAAGAUGUUGAUCGCAAACACUGGGGGAAGUUUCAGGCAUUUUUUCAGUAUGCAAAAACAUUUAAUUCAGACGACUUUGACUAUGGAGAACUGAGGAAGAGUGAUUAUGUCUUUAUGAGAUGGAAGGAGCAGUUUCUAGUCCCAGAUCACACAAUCAAAGACAUCAGUGGUGCUUCCUUUGCUGGAUUUUACUACAUUUGCUUCCAAAAAUCCACAGCUUCUAUAGAGGGCUAUUACUAUCAUAGGAGUUCUGAAUGGUAUCAGUCUUUAAACUUAACACAUGUUCCUGAACACAGUGCUCCAAUAUAUGAAUUUCGAUGACAUCCAGAAAAGUUGAGUAGAUCAGAAGAGAAUGUUGCUGCUCAGACAAUUGCUAAACUGUCAUAUAUACAAAGGUCUGACAGUCCUAUACUGCUGACAGUCGUGUACCGUUGAACAGGUUACCAAGUGAAAGCAUGGAUGUAAAAAAAAAUCAGGUGCUAGCGCAUGGCUGUCGGUGCUUGAUUUGGUUUUCCAAGAGGUUGCUGUUUCUUUUAAUCUGGUUUUAAGCUACUUUUCUUUAACUGCACUUUAUCCUAAACAUGUAUUACUGAGAAGUCAUUAAGUGUCCACCCCCAACACCAAAAGUCUGAUCUUUUCAGAGGAAAAAAAUCACUUUAGUAAACACAUGAUCACAUUCUACAGAUUGUUACAGCAUUUAGGUUAUUCCUUAUAGGGGGGUGAAAUCUCUGGAAGUUGAGGAAGAGGGACAUCCUGACGUAUUAGAAACUGGUGUUUUGAAAGGAUAUAUACCGACUUAUGGAUGCACCUUAUGAAAUCAAAAGUGAGAACAAAAAGAGAAUCUUGCAAAUUCACAGCUUGAAUUUCUGCCUUUUGGCAUAACUUUCAAAGCUUCCAGUUAAGGUGGUUGGAAGUUGUUUUCUUGAAUGUCAGUUUAUUUUUGUGCCAAAUGAUUUGAUGGUUGGUAAGAACACUUUUUUUAAACUUCUGAGCAGUCUAUAAAAGUGGUGGCAGGGUUGGGUCUCCAUUGUAGAGAGCAGAAUGCGUGAUGUGCUACAAGAGCAUUGCUAUAGAACAUCAGGUAACAUUGCAUUAGUGUCUCUCAAGCAGACUUUGUUUGCUUUACCCUUUUACCCCUCCCGUUAGACCUAGCAAAAUUGUUUACUUUUAGGUUGCUCAAAAACACGUAGACACAAGGUGUUUGUAAUACAGAAAGAGGCGCUCACUGUGGAGAAACCAGAUUUUCCAUUGGAAUAGUGUAACCCAGAAAGCAAAGCUUGUGCUGUUUCCCUCUGCAUGAAUAAAUUUCGUGUAAGCUGCACAGGUACAUUUGAGUUGGAGAGAGGUGUGUGCACAUUUCUUGCCUUGUCUUCUGUGAAGUCUGAGGCAUUUGGUAAACAGUACUUUAGGUUAAGAUAGCCUAUAGUUUGGAACUGAUCUUAAUCUAUAAAUACUUCAGCCAGAGUCAUUGUUGGCAGUAAAACAAAAUCAAUCCUCUCACUUUUUUGCACGAAAGUAAAACUCGUUUUAUAAACCAGAGGAGCUUAAAGCAUAAAUUAGAGUGUUUUGUUGUCUAGAAAUUAACUUGAAUGCUUAAUAUGAGGUUGUUACUGACUCUCAUAUCGGGUAGAAUGAAAGCACAGUAAUUAGUGUACUUUGGCAAGGAAGAAGACUGAUCGGUACUGUCAGCUUUGAGGUAUAGAUACUCCCAUAUCUUGGCAAGUUAAUUUAUAACUCAGGCCAAAAUUGUUCCUUUCAGCUUCAUGAUUGGAUUUUUUUUUUUUUUUUAUGUGUGUGUGUGUAUGUGUGUAAAGUAGCAGGUUGACCAUCUGAAAUCCAUUUCAGGGUAACUUCCUUGAAUUUGAAAAACCAUUAAGAAUGCUGUUGGCCUUCUUUUUCGUAAACCAAAAAAAAAAAAAAAAAAACGUAUUCUUUUCACUCAGGCACAAUGCUCACCUUGCUGCUGUUUGUAUUACUAAUUUUUUUUAUCUAUUUUUGUACCUUAGAAGAAAAAGGGAAAUCAAUGCAUUUUUGAUGUACAUGUUUGGAGUCGGGGAAAGGUGUAUAGAACUUUUGUAGCUUCAGCUGCUUUGCUGACUCUGGUGAAUGCAUUAAGUGCAUAAAAUCACUCAGCAGUUAACAGAAGUAAGCAUUUAUUACAACUGUUGUAUUCCUGAUAUACAUUUUAAAGACUUAAUAAUUACAUUAUCUUACUGCUAUCUUAUAUAAGUAGCAACUUGAAGAAAAUGAGAGUUGUGUGGAAGCUUGAUGCACACAUGUUGAAUGCAUACUUUUAGAUUGGAAAAUAUUUUAUCUUCAGUAUGUUGAGUAUAUUAUCUCUGAGGAUCACAGAGUAUUAAAUCCAGAUGUCUCCUGGAUGUCACAGGAGUGCAGGGGCAUUAGCACAGCUGUCUGGGGGAGGAGUAGCUGGAAAGAGGUGAUUGUAUGUGUAGAAACUAUAGGGGAGUGAUGCUUUCCUUGUAUUAGGAUAUUAUUAACUCUGGCUCUGAGCUCUUGUUCUGCUUCCAGAGGCUGUUGAACAUUUAAAUCGUUCCAAGUGAGGAAUAAUAAGAACAGCAGUGUAAUGAAGAAAGUGGAACAGAUUUAGGAUUGCUGCAUCUGUGGAACUGGCAAAUAGGGGGAUCCUUUUUUGGAGUCAAAAGGGACAGAUAUUUUAAAGAAAUGAGUUCUUCCAAGCAGAUGGCUUUCUAAAGUGAUAGCCUGUUGCACACUUUUGUUUCCAGUGUAAAAAAAAAUAUAUAUAUAUUUUCUGUUGUCUUUCCUAAAGUUUGCUAAUCAAGUCAUUUUCUUAGAAAUGAAGUUCAUCUUGCAUCCGGAUUUUAGUUUCAUGUGUUAAAUGCACUUACCAUUAUCACUGUUCCUAGACCCUAUGGUUACUUUCUUUUGGAAUAGAUACCAUCAUUCUCCUUUUGCCACACAGUGCAUGGUUGUAUUGGAAUGAAGAUAGUUCCAUAACCAGUGGAUUUCAACUGCAGACUGAAAUGUACGGACAUGCACACUUGUAUUUUCUAACGCCUUUUCAGCUUUAUAUAAAAAAAUGCAAACAAUGGACUGCCUGUUGCAGCAGUGGUUUCAUUCAAGAGGAUUUUUUAAAUUUAUAUUUAAAAUAAAAUCCUAGCAGUGCUUUUUAUAGUUAAAUCUUUUGGUUAUUUCACAUGUUGCUCUUUUGUUGCUUUUUUCCUGUCUGCAUAUCUGAUUGGAGAUUGGAACUGCAAAUGCAGCAAAUCAAGAUGAACCUCCAUUGCUGUGUGGCCAGACAUUCCUGCUUUCCAUGCAUUUGAUCUGGCAGUACAAAAAGCAACAGCCAUAUUUUUUUUCUUGCAGACUUUUUUCUAGAUGUCUUAGUUCCAUUUAAGUGCAAUAUGAUGAAGGGUAAUUGCUUAAACUCUCGGCAGCUUAGUAACUUGUAAAGGCUCUUUAGCUUUUUACAGUUUAUGUUGCUGCCAUUUGGGCACACACCUCGUCAUCAGGUUGCAAGCAUCAGAAUUGCCUAAUCAUUACUUUUAUCAGAACAUAACAUUUAGUGUCUUGUAGUUUGUUCUGAUAAACCAGGAGUGUUCCUGGUUCACUUUAACUAUUCUUAACAGUUUUUCUUUCUGCUGUUGCAGAAAUGUGCCACAAAACUGACCACUUAAGCCUUUUUAAGUAAAAAAAAGGCUGCUGAUUUUUAAGAGCUCUGAGAUGUGCUAGCCUCUGGAUGGACUCCCUUUUCUAAGCAUGUGCCCUGCAGUGUUCACUAGUUAUAAAAUAUCAUUACCAGAACAUUACUAGAAUUAUUUUAACAUUAGUGUUUUGCUUUCACAUUGGAAUAUGAUUGAGGGCAAGGAGAGGCAUAGCCAUAGGGUAUGGUGUUGACUGCUUUUGGUACAACUCUGACAGCAGGUAUUAAAUGAAAGCCACAGCUGUACAACCCUGUAGGCUGCUGCAUCAGCAGAAAAGUGAAGUCUGCAUGUCACACAAGUUUGUAAAAGCAUAACACUAUUGAUGUUUUGAUUAGGAGUUUUGUUUUUAAUUAUCUGUAUUUUGUAUUGUCUUAUCAGAUGGGUGACAUAAGCUGAUUUUAAAAUGUAUACUUGAGUAAUUUCAGUGCAAAAGGAUGAACAAAUACAUAAAUAAGUACCAGAGGGAAAAGUAAGCAGUUAAUGAAUUUAGUGGGGUGUGUUUUUUAUCAAAUGAAGUGAGCAUGAUACUGGAUGCUUUAUGUGAUUUUGUAAAUCACGUUUUGGCAGAGGAAUUUGGGAAAGAAUACUUUUGCAGAACUGUCCAUCCAAAUAAAAAAAAUAUAUAUAUAUAUAUAUAAAA